CAGCCAGCGGCAGACAGAGAAAGACCCGCAGAGCUGCUGGUUACCCGACCGGACUUGACCCAGCGAGGAUGCCAUGCUGUGGGGCAAGGAGGAGUUGGGGGAUUUGUGCGGCCUGGUGCGGCGCACCUCGGUGGCCUACGUGCGCAUGGCCGCGACGGUGAUCGUGGCGGUGGUGGUGCGCCUGUGCCUGGACUGCUUGGGUCUGGUGCUCACGGGCCAAGACCCGCAACAGGCCUCCUUUUGGUUCGCCCACUGCCACAAGGACGGCAAGUGCGUGCUGACGGGGAUCCUGCUCUUCUUCUUCUCCCUGGGCGCCUGCUGCCUCUUCGGGUGGUCCUGCCGGGAUUGGAUCCUGGACGUGCAGCGGAACCCCUGGGCGCGGAAGUUCUCCUUCCAGGUGGUGCUGGACGCGGCCACGUGGAUCCCCAUCUCGGUGUCGGUGGGGAAGACCAAUGCGCUGGUGGAAUGGUUCAUGGACACCGCCAAGGACAACCUGGUGCAGACGUUGCGCUCCUCGUGCCUGGCGGCCUUGUUGACCUUCAGCUGCGCGCUGAUGACGCAUCUGGUGAUGACGAAUUGCCGGGGGGUGGCCGACCCCAAGGGGAAAGGUCUGGGGGGGUUCCUGCGGUUCUUCCUGCUGGCCACCAUCACGUGCCUGGGCUGGGCGGUGGCCUGGAGCAACUGGGAGCUGGUGCUGUCCCUGGGGGCCGCGCUGGACCCCGCCCAGGACAACCUCACGGCCCAGGCGGUGAUCGGCGGCUUCUUCGUGCUGAGCACGCUCUUCUACCUGAGGUUUGGGCCAGAGCCCAUCAUUCCGGAUCCGCAGCUGCAGCAGCUGUGCUACUGCCACGGCUACAGCAACUCCGUGCGGAGGUCCUUCGUGUCUUACAUGGUCUACUCCUGCGUGGUUUGCCUGGUGAUGUCAUGCUGCGACCCCACCUACGGGCUGUUGAUCAUGCUGGCCUCCUGGGUGUACUCGGCCACCUCCUCGAUGUUCGACGUGGAGGCCUUUGCAGUGCUGUGCCUGGUGGCGGUGGCGGUGACUUUGGUCUCGGCGCUGACCUCCGCAUGCAUCACCUGGGCCUUCGAGGUCGACGCGCUCACGUCCAUGCGCCUUUCGCGGUCCGUGAACGAUGCCUGCGACCAGAUGGUGAAGAGGCGCCGAACGGAGUUCGGGGAGAUGCUCUUGCAGGUGCAGAAGACCGGGAGCGACGCCUGCUUCUUGGAGGAGGGAAAGGGCUCGCCGCCCCACGCCGCUGGCGGCAGUGCUAGAGCGCUGGAGGACGGGGAGGCCUACACGCCCAUGGGCGAGGAGGCGCUGCUGGAGGUGGAGUCAGAGCGACAGCUGCAGCUGAACCCUGGAGCCAUCUCCACCACCGUGUGCUUGUCGGUGCUGGUCUACGACGUGCUGGGCUUCGUGGUGUGCUUCCAGUGGGGCAUGCUCUGCGUGCGGGGCUACUCCGUGCUCUGCGGGCAUCUGGCGUCCAGGGGCACCUUCUGGUACAUGGCCAGCUGCCUGGUGUACUCCUUGGCGGUGAUCGCGCUCACCAGCCGCUUCGUCUUGAUCUUCUUCGCUUCGGAGGAGGAGAAGCGUCAGGCCGAAGAGGCCCUCGCGGUGAGCCCGGCAAGAGCCCGGACCGGCUUCUUCCGGUGGCGGACCCGUUUGCGCGGGGGCAGCGAGGAACUUUGUCAGGAGCUGAGCCAAAAUCUGACCGCGCCGGAGGAGAAUUUCAUCGAGUGACGAAAGGCGUCCUUUGAACCUGAACA